AUGCCUGCACCUCAAUUAAAAAUCUUUCGUGUUCUUUGGGGCAUUGAAGCUCAGUUUUCGGCCGAUAUUAAUGUUCUUUUUGCUGAACUUCAUCGACUGGGCUAUACAGGUAUUGAAGCAUCACUGAGCGAUAUUGCACGCCUUUCAAACAAUGAUAGCAACGUUUUUCAACAAGCUUUACAUGAUCACAAACUCGAAUUAAUCGGUACUGUUGUCACGAGUUUCUAUCCUUCUGAACCGGAUGUAUGGCAUGAUUUAUCCAUUGAUGAGCAUUUGGCUAAUCUAGAAAAACAAUUAAACGAACUCAUACAGUUCAAACCUAUACAUGUGAAUAUUCAAGGAGGACAAGAUUCAUGGUCAACUAAACAGAAAGAAGCAUAUUUUGAAAAAGCAUUAGAAAUUCAAGCAAAAUUUCCUCAAAUCACAUCAUCACACGAAACCCACCGAAGUCGUGCACUCUACAAUCCGUUCGUUACUGCUGAUAUGGUCAAUCGAUUCCCAACUCUUCGUCUAACUGCUGACUAUUCCCACUUUCCGGUCGUGUGUGAACGUCUUUUACAACAUCCUACUGAUGACGAACGUUUUCGUCUAUUUGCAUCUAGAGUUGAUCAUAUUCAUGCGCGUGUCGGCUCAACUCAGCAUGCACAAGUGGAUGAUCCUCGGGAAUCAAAGGAAGAAAGUGAGCAAAUGCAAAAAUGGUGGGAAAUGGUUUGGAACGAACAGAAGAAUAGGAAAUGGAUAACCUUGACACCAGAAUAUGGACCAGUGCCAUAUGCGAGAGCAAGUGAAAUUAAUGUGUGGGAAUUAACUAAUCGAGAAAUGGAACGGCAAAAAGAAAACUAUGAAAAAUGGGCAGCUACUAUUCAAGAAUGA